AUGAGCGCGUCCAUCAUCGACGCUCUUCCUUACUAUGAUAAGCAGGUUGAAGAGCCUGGCGCAAAGACCAAGGUCGAGGCGUUAAUCGAGGCGGAACUCGCCCAGACUCCAAAAGUCGCUGAGGACGACCCGCGCCUUGGACAGGUUGUCGAUGUUUUCCCAAAAUCCGAGGGGCUGGCCAAAUUGUUGGCAAACUACGCGACCGAGCCCAUACGCGGCAUCGAUCCCAGCAGAUACGCCCCGCCCACAGUGUCGGAGGGCGCGGACCUUUCUGUGCUCGAGGAGGCAGAGACGCGCGGGCGGAUUGGCGAGGCACAUAUGGCCGUUCGAAACGAAAACAUUGGCGUGCUGCAGACGUACGGUCCCAAUGCGUGGCUUGUGCGCAAUUACCAGCUCUCGUCGCAGGCCAAGGAGCUUGAAGGGACACUGGCGGGUCUCAAGGAGGACGUGACGGACGUGAACCGGCAACGGAGGGCAUUCAACGAGACGCAAGGCGAGCACCUGGCUCGUCUCGAGAACCGGUGGAAUGAUCUUGUCACCUCGACGUUGCAGCUUGAAAUGGCGUGUACAGCCAUGGAGGGUGAGGUGCGCGGGCUAGAGCACCGUGCAGAGGAGCUGCGCGUAGAGGUCGCGCGGCUUGAG